ACGAACUUCCCUGGAACACAGUCUUCAUUCAAUUCAGUAAACUGCAACUGACACUUGUUUGCAGUCCCUCUCUAGGCCUCUGAAGGGAAGUCUGAGCACGGAACACGCUAGUCUUACCGCUAGCACUAGUAUUCUACAAUAAGCAAGCUAAGCUCCAGGAUGCUCCAAGGGAUUCCAGGACCACAGCAGGUGUUAACCGCUUUGGCGGGAUCCUUGGGACUCUCGAGUCUCUCCGGGCCCGAAGUCGGCUCUAUGCAGAGCAGUCUCCAGCACUGCUCCAAAACAGAGUUGAGCUGUCAGACCCCGUAUCAUGGCCAAGACAAAUGCUGCUUCAACUACCCCGGCGGACAGCUCCUUCAAACGCAGUUUUGGGACGCCGAUCCAGCGGUGGGGCCAGUUGAUUCCUGGACCAUCCAUGGUUUAUGGCCGGACCACUGUAAUGGAGGCUUUGAUCAAUACUGCGACCCAAAAAGACGGUACAGCAAUAUUUCUCUGAUCCUGACUGACUCAGGUAGAGGGGAUCUUCUGGAUGAUAUGCGUACCUUCUGGAAAGACUUUAGGGGCGACGACCCGAACCUAUGGGAGCACGAGUGGAAUAAACACGGCACCUGCAUCAGCACCCUAGAAACACACUGCUACGACAUAUACUAUCCCCAGCAGGAAGUCGUCGACUACUUUGACAAGACAGUGGAGCUCUUCCGCCAACUACCUACACAUGAAAUACUUUCCGGCGCUGGGAUUGUCCCGUCUUACACGGAGACCUACUCUCUGCACGAGAUCCAGGAUACCCUGUCGAAGGCUCAUGGGGCCGAAGUCACCGUGAGGUGUCACCGCCAUAACCUGAAUGAGGUUUGGUACUUCUUUAAUGUCGCCGGACCUUUGCAGACAGGAAAAUUCGUCCCUUCUAACCCAGACGGCCAAUCAUCCAACUGCCCUGCGAAAGGCAUCCGGUAUCAGCCGAAAACGCCCCCAAAAGACCAACCAACCAAAACAAGGGGCCCAUCUGAGCCGACAAGGACCGGUUCACCAAACUCCAAAAGAGGGAAUCUGAUUGUCUCAACACAGGGCCAACAAAGAGGGUGCAUAAUUAGCCACGGAACAUGGUUCACAUCGGGCGCCUGUGCGACAUUCCGAGCCGAAAAGGCGGCAGACAAGACAUUUACCUUGCGGUCCAGUAAGGGCAAGUGUUCUAUCAAAGAUGAUACGUUCAGUUGUGGUCCUCAGAUCACUCGUCCAGUUGAGUUUAGUUUCCAGGAUGGCAAACUCUCCUAUCGGGGAAAUACGACCUUUUUUGCAGAUAAGGCACCUAAAGGGCGUGUCCAGAGCAAAGUUUUUGCGUCAGAGGAGGAACACCCAAUCCAGUUGACAAUAACUUGGAAGGGAACCUGAUAUCUUCCCAUUUUCCCGUACUUGUGCUUGUGCUUUGCACUGCGUGAUAUGACUAGUUUCUUUACUGUUGUUUGUACGGUUUAAGGAUACUUUGUAUAGAUACACAUAGAAACACUUUACCGAAGCAUAGAAAUAUUACUA